ACCAGAAAAAGGAGUUAGAAAUUUUGUCUAAGAAACAAUUAUCUGCAAAGAUGAGUCACAAAGAGGAAGAAAAGGAAAAGGAUGUUGUGGAAGUAUUUGUGAAGACAGAGGCUGAAGUAGGUGCAACUGGUUUCAGUGUUAAAAGUGGAGAAAAAGAUGGCAUAUUCGUCAAACAUGUUCUGAAGGAUUCUCCUGCUGCAAAACAGCUACGAAUGAGAGAAGGUGACCAACUUAUCAGUGCUACAAUUUAUUUUGAUAAUAUCAAAUAUGAGGACGCACUCAAGAUUUUGCAGUACUCAGAACCAUACAAAAUGAAAUACUGCCUGAAACGAACAAUAUCUAAUACACUAGGAUCAGAGGCAGUUGAAGUAAAAGGAAGUAAACCUAUCGUGGUGGGUCUAUUUUCUGUUAAAUAUUAG